ACACCUGAAUUUUAAUCAAGUUAUUAUUUUAGGGUGGUUUUGCUUCAAUAGUACAAAUACUUACCUAUCCUGGUUGGUUAUUUUGAUUUGUUUUGCUUGGCUUUUCAUGAUUUCAUCUAUUGUCGUCUUUGACCCCUGGGAAACUGUUGAUCUUCUUUGCCCUGUCUUUUGCUGUUUCUUUCCCUUUCCGUUUGAUGCUUUGCCCUCCAUGUCAUAUAAAAUGCUUACCAGUUCCUUUGGAUAGAGUUUAAUUUCUUCAUCCAUCAAAGAUGUGUAUUUCCUCUUAAACUCAGGUUCGUGUCGUGAUCAUUUUUAAAUGUCACAUAAAUCAUAUUGGUUCUAUUUAGUAGUAUACAUGAAAUAUAUUUUAGAAUGUGUUUUGCGGAUUAUUGGUAUGUUAGAAUCUAUAGGCCAAUUUUCUCACAUCGACAUUUCGUUGUCGGGGACAUUUGUAAUUGGAUUAUGUAUAGGCUUGUUGGACAUUCCCUUUUUUGCCUUGUUCUUAUUCGCGUAAGGUUUAGUAAUCAAUGAAUGGUGAUUGCUAACUUCCUUUCAACGGAUUUUAUGAAAUCGUCACGAUAUCAGCUUCCCAGCUAUUAAAAAAGUGGUGGAUUAGUUGCAAUUGUAUUGAGUAGUUAGUAAUUUAAGCGAUCUAGAGAAUCUCACUAAGCAAAUUUCCAAUAUUCAUUCUUCCUGUUCCUAGACGUAAACAAGGAAGAAUGUUUUAUUUUUACGUAUGUGAUCUUCUGUAUGAUCUUGCGGUCUUGCAAAAGCUAGUAACAGAUUCAUGAGCAAUAUGAUACUUUCGGAGUUAUUAAAGAAUUUGUUAUUUUGAAGUAAUAAUUAUUAUUUUUGGACUGGAAAUGGAUAUUUAUCCUUUUAUUUUUUGGAUAUUUAUUCUUUUAUUUUUGGACUGGAAAUGGAUAUCUAUCUUCAUACCAAUUGCUCUUGGUCUAUCAUAUUUAUAUUAAGGGUUCCACGUCUUCAAUGUAAUAAUAUUAUGUGUAACAUCGCAAAAAUAAAUUUGGAUCACGGUUAUCAUAUAUAGUAUCACUUAAUUUCAUUAGUCGGCAAGAACCUACCUGAAGGAGUAAAAUAUUCUUGGCUUUAAGGUUCAUAAAUUAAUCUGUGAUGACUACUAGGCAAAUUUUAAAAAAACAGACGCAUGAGUUGAGUUUAUUGUAGUAGCAAUUCUGCAGCCGGCGAUGGGCGAUUGACGAAUCUUAAUUAUAUUCUGUAAGUUUGAACAUGUACCCUUAAUACAAGAAAAAUGUGUUUUAUAGGAACAACUUAAAUAUGGGAAAUGGAGGUGGGGGAAAAAGAGUGAUAUGGCGUGUAAGGCGGCAUGUUGUAAUUGGUAACUGGCAUUGAUCCACGUGUCUGUGUCCUGUAACUCACACUAACAGAAACAGAAACAGAAAACAGAUCCCUGAAUUCUGACAAUACUCUUCAUCCACCAUGGCUUCUCGCCGUCGCAUGUUACUUAAGGUCAUUAUCCUCGGAGACAGCGGGGUUGGCAAAACAUCUCUCAUGAAUCAGUAUGUGAAUCGUAAGUUUAGUAACCAGUACAAGGCUACCAUUGGUGCUGAUUUUCUCACCAAGGAAAUUCAAUUCCAAGAUAGGAUGUUCACUUUGCAGAUCUGGGAUACUGCUGGUCAAGAAAGGUUUCAGAGUCUUGGUGUGGCUUUCUACCGUGGCGCAGAUUGUUGUGUCCUUGUUUAUGAUGUAAAUGUUGUCAAAUCUUUUGACAAUCUUAGCCAUUGGCGAGAAGAAUUCCUUAUUCAGGCUAGUCCAUCUGACCCCGAAAACUUCCCAUUUGUGCUAUUGGGAAACAAAAUUGAUGUUGAUGGUGGGAAUAGCCGAGUUGUUUCUGAGAAGAAAGCUAAGGCAUGGUGUGCUUCCAAAGGAAGCAUACCAUACUUUGAGACCUCUGCAAAAGAGGGAUUCAAUGUUGAAGCUGCUUUCCAGUGUAUAGCCAAAAAUGCACUCAAGAAUGAACCUGAAGAAGAAGUAUACAUGCCUGACACAAUUGAAGUGGGUGGUGGUGGACGGCAGCACAGGUCCACAGGCUGUGAAUGUUGAUAACUUAGUGUUCUUUCGAUCAAACUUCAAUUAUUGCAAAUCUUUUGUUUUGUAUCUCAUUAGUGGGUUAAUUAGAUGUCCUCUUGUUAAUUCUUCUAAUUCAAUGUAUCUUAUAAUAUUUGGACCAUAAUUUAAUUCUUCUGUUUAG